AAAAUUUUUAAGCCAUUAACAACCAUAUGUUUUUUUCCUAAUCGAUUGUCAUCUUAUCAGAGAAAAAGUACAUAAUGGGAUUUACAUUUUACACGACGCUCAAAACGUUCAUUCCGUAAAUAAGUUUCAAAGAAAAUUGUAAAUGACGAGCAAAACGUCUGAAAACAGUGGGCAAUCUUUACCUUCCGGAGUAGAAGCAAAAUCGGUGGACAUUGCAAUGGGUGACCAAUCGGAUCAAUUGCCAUUGCCACCUAUUAAUUUUGAAAAUGAUCGCUUUCCUUACUGCAUCGUAUGGACUCCUAUACCUGUUCUUACAUGGUUAUUCCCAAUGAUUGGACAUAUGGGUAUAUGUACAUCCAGUGGUGUAAUUCGUGAUUUUGCUGGAGCCUAUUAUGUUUCGGAAGAUAAAAUGGGAUUUGGAAGGCCAACACGUUACUUGCGCCUUCAUCCGAAAAACGUACCUGGUGGAGCUGUAGAAUGGGAUGAGGCGGUAGCCAAAGCUUCAGUUUUAUAUGGAACACGCAUGCAUAAUCUCUUCUGUGACAAUUGUCACUCACAUGUAGCCACUGCGCUAUGUGGUAUGAGAUAUAAAAGACGAACAAGCUGGAAUAUGGUCGUGUUGGCGUUUUGGUUAUUUUUGUGUGGACGAUAUGUGGGAUUUCUUGGUUUUGUUAAAACAUGGCUGCCGUUUUUAAUUGCAGUUUCGUUGUGUGUAUUCUUGGCAGAAUAUCUUUGAAAUUAUGGAUUUACUAAAGAAUAAGUCUUAUUAUAUGGAAAUUAAAGCGAAUAUUUUAUUGUGCAAUCAAUUAAUUAAUAUUAAUAAAACACAGUAUUAGCAGAAAUGUUGCUUUGCUGCUAGCCAUCAGUAUACAUACGGAA